CGCCCGUGCCGCUCUGCGUCCUGCAGCCAGCCUGCCCCCGGGAGCCCUCUGGCAUGGCGCAGGCCGGGGAGCCGGGCACCCCUGCGGAGGACGGCGGGGAGCAGAGGCCGAGGUGGGACAACAAGGCCCAGUACCUCCUCAGCUGCGUGGGGUUCGCCGUGGGGCUGGGGAACAUCUGGAGGUUCCCGUACCUGUGCCAGACCUACGGGGGAGGGGCCUUCCUCAUCCCCUACCUCAUCGCCCUGGCUUUUGAGGGGAUGCCACUCUUCCACAUCGAGCUUGCCAUCGGCCAGCGCCUGCGGAGGGGCAGUGUCGGGGUGUGGACGGCCAUCUCUCCCUACCUUGGUGGAGUAGGCUUUGGCUGCUUCACCGUGUCCUUCCUGAUCAGCCUGUACUACAACACCGUCCUCGUGUGGGUCCUGUGGUUCUUCCUCAACUCCUUCCAACACCCUUUGCCCUGGAGCACCUGCCCGCCAGACCUCAACAGGACAGGGUUUGUGCAGGAGUGUCAGGCCAGCAGCACCGUGAGCUACUUCUGGUACCGGCAGACGCUGAACAUCACAGCCGACAUUGGCGACAGCGGCGUGGUCCAGUGGCAGCUGCUCCUCUGCCUGGUCACCUGCUGGAUGGUUGUGUACCUGUGUGUCAUCAGAGGUAUCGAGAGCACUGGGAAGGCCAUCUACUUCACCGCCUGCUUCCCCUACCUGGUCCUGACCAUCUUCCUCAUCCGAGGCCUGACCCUGCCCGGGGCCGCUGAGGGCCUCACCUACCUCUUCACUCCCAAGAUGCAGACUCUCCAGAAUCCCCGGGUGUGGCUGGACGCGGCCACACAGAUCUUCUUCUCCCUCUCUCUGGCCUUUGGAGGUCACAUUGCUUUCGCAAGCUACAACCCACCCAGGAACAAUUGUGAGAAGGAUGCUGUGGUCAUCAGCCUGGUCAACAGCCUGACUUCCCUGUACGCAUCCCUCACCAUCUUCUCCAUCAUGGGGUUCAAGGCGACCAUGGACUACAGGAGGUGCCUGGACAGAAACAUCCUCAGCCUCAUCGAUGAGUUUGAUUUCCCAGAGCAGAGCAUCUCCAGGGACGACUACCCAACCGUGCUCACACACCUGAACGCCACUUGUCCAGAGAGAGUGGCCCGGCUCCGCCUGAGGGCCUGCCAGCUGGAGGACUUCCUGGAUAAGAGUGCCUCAGGCCCGGGCCUGGCCUUCCUGGUCUUCACGGAGGCUGUGCUGCACAUGCCAGGCGCCUCUGCCUGGGCCGUGCUCUUCUUCGGCAUGCUCUUCACCCUGGGCCUGUCUUCCAUGUUCGGGAACAUGGAGAGUAUCAUCACGCCUCUCCUGGACAUGGGCAUCUUGCCCAGAAGAAUCCCAAAGGAGGGCCUGACGGGGCUGGUGUGCCUGGCGUGCUUCCUCUGCUCCACCUGCUUUGUGCUGCAGUCUGGAAGCUACUGGCUGGAGAUCUUCGACAACUUUGUGGCGUCUCUGAACCUGCUCAUCUUCGCCUUCUGCGAGGUGGUCGGCGUCAUCUAUGUCUACGGGAUGAAGCGGUUCUGUGAUGACAUCGAGUGGAUGACCGGCCGGCGGCCCAACCUGUACUGGCGGGUGACAUGGCGGGUGGUGAGCCCCCUCUUGCUGCUCAGCAUCUUCCUGUCCUGUGUCGUCCUCCUGGCCCAAAGGCCGCCCCGCUACAAGGCCUGGAACCCCCAAUAUGUGCAGUUCCCCUUGCGGGAGGAGAAGCUGUACCCAGGCUGGGUGCUAGCCACCUGUGUGCUCCUGGCCUUCCUGCCCAUCCUCUGGGUCCCCACCAUCGCGCUGGCCCAGCUGCUGGCCCGGCGCCGACAGAGGACAGACACACAGCCAGCCACCAGCCUGAAGCCAUAACACGUCGGGGCCUGCGGAGGGAGCGGGCUGGGGGGGGGCGCUCCUGGCGUGUGCUCGCUUAGACCCAUACACGGUCUCUCCCACCCAUGCCGUGUGCUCGCUUAGAUCCAUACACGGUCUCUACCACCCAUGCCGUGUGCUCCUGGUGUGUGCUCGCUUAGAUCCAUACACGGUCUCUACCACCCAUGCCGUGUGCUCGCUUAGAUCCAUACACGGUCUCUACCACCCAUGCCGUGUGCUCCUGGCGUGUGCUCGCUUAGAUCCAUACACGGUCUCUACCACCCAUGCCGUGUGCUCGCUUAGAUCCAUACACGGUCUCUACCACCCAUGCCGUGUGCUCCUGGCGUGUGCUCGCUUAGAUCCAUACACGGUCUCUACCACCCAUGCCGUGUGCUCGCUUAGAUCCAUACACGGUCUCUACCACCCAUGCCGUGUGCUCGCUUAGAUCCAUACACGGUCUCUCCCACCCAUGCCGUGUGCUCCUGGCGUGUGCUCGCUUAGAUCCAUACACGGUCUCUACCACCCAUGCCGUGUGCUCGCUUAGAUCCAUACACGGUCUCUACCACCCAUGCCGUGUGCUCGCUUAGAUCCAUACACGGUCUCUCCCACCCAUGCCGUGUGCUCCUGGCGUGUGCUCGCUUAGAUCCAUACACGGUCUCUACCACCCAUGCCGUGUGCUCGCUUAGAUCCAUACACGGUCUCUACCACCCAUGCCGUGUGCUCCUGGCAUGUGCUCACUUAGAUCAAUACACGGUCUCUACCACCCAUGCCGUGUGCUCGCUUAGAUCCAUACACGGUCUCUCCCACCCAUGCCGUGUGCUCCUGGCGUGUGCUCGCUUAGAUCCAUACACGGUCUCUACCACCCAUGCCGUGUGCUCGCUUAGAUCCAUACACGGUCUCUACCACCCAUGCCGUGUGCUCGCUUAGAUCAAUACACGUUCUCUACCACCCAUGCCGUCUGCUCGCUUAGAUCCAUACACGUUCUCUACCACCCAUGCCGUGUGCUCCUGGUGUGUGCUCGCUUAGAUCCAUACACGGUCUCUACCACCCAUGCCGUGUGCUCGCUUAGAUCCAUACACAGUCUCUACAACCCAUGCCGUGUGCUCGCUUAGAUCAAUACACGUUCUCUACCACCCAUGCCGUGUGCUCGCUUAGAUCAAUACAUGUUCUCUCCCACCCAUGCCGUGUGCUCCUGGCGUGUGCUCGCUUAGAUCCAUACACGGUCUCUACCACCCAUGCCGUGUGCUCGCUUAGAUCCAUACACGGUCUCUACCACCCAUGCCGUGUGCUCGCUUAGAUCAAUACACGUUCUCUACCACCCAUGCCGUCUGCUCGCUUAGAUCCAUACACGUUCUCUACCACCCAUGCCGUGUGCUCCUGGUGUGUGCUCGCUUAGAUCCAUACACGGUCUCUACCACCCAUGCCGUGUGCUCGCUUAGAUCCAUACACAGUCUCUACAACCCAUGCCGUGUGCUCGCUUAGAUCAAUACACGUUCUCUACCACCCAUGCCGUGUGCUCGCUUAGAUCAAUACAUGUUCUCUCCCACCCAUGCCGUGUGCUCCUGGCGUGUGCUCGCUUAGAUCCAUACACGGUCUCUACCACCCAUGCCGUGUGCUCGCUUAGAUCAAUACACGGUCUCUACCACCCAUGCCGUGUGCUCGCUCAGAUCCAUACACGGUCUCUACCACCCAUGCCGUGUGCUCCUGGCGUGUGCUCGCUUAGAUCAAUACACGUUCUCUACCACCCAUGCCGUGUGCUCGCUUAGAUCCAUACACGGUCUCUACCACCCAUGCCGUGUGCUCGCUUAGAUCAAUACACGUUCUCUACCACCCAU